GAAAGAAAAGAAAAAAAAAGAAAAAAAAUAAUUUAUCACACAAAAAUAGCAUAUUAAGUACUGUUAAAAACCGGUUUUUAUUCGUUAUCGACUUAUUAAAAGUAGAGGGAUUCCCUAUACGUUUUCGGUAUUGCUGUUGGAACGAUUAAAAGCAGCUCGAGAAGCGCGAGUCCGUGCGUGCGUAUCAAUUGAAUCGUUUGACCCGUUUUUAUUGGCAAGUCGCAGACAGCGUGUGUGUCGGGUGGGCUUUAGGCUCCGGAACGGGACGGUUGCCAGUAAAGCUCACUCCUUCUUGCUAUCGAGUGUUUCUCGAAGAGGUUUCUCGAAGAGGUUUCUCGAGGAGGAGUCCCGUUCUCGCUCGCUCGCGAAUCUUACAAAAAUGUGCGUCCCACGUAAAUACAUAUUUUAAUAAUUCGAAAUUUUAGAUCUCAAUACGCGAGAAGAGAAUUCGUACCGUGCUCUUCCAAUAAAAUCUCAUUUGUCAAGUCACAUGCGAGAAAAAAGGGGGUGACCGGGACUCUUUCAUCAUCACGGAUACCUUCUUCUACUUCUACUUCUACUUCUACUUCAACGACAUCCAUCCAUCUACAAUUAAUAUAUUUCGAUUUAUAAUUCGAUUAUAACGCGUGGAAGUGUUCGACUCGAGCGAACGGAUCUUCUUCUUCUUCUUCUUCUUCUUCUUCAUCGUGUCAAUCAUUUUUCCGUCCAACUCAUUGUCUCCUUGAUCUUUGGAUAUGGUCAGAAAAACAUCAGAGGAGAAUAAGGUCUCUACUAUAACUGGUAACGUCAUCGUCGAUGAACCCGCCAAUUAUGAAAGAGCCAUUUCGGUUACCGGUUUCGGAUUGUUCAACGUUUUACUCUUCGUGGCAACAGUGCCAAUCGCGUGGACAGUUCUCUUCGACACAACAUCACCGGCAUUUAUUUUAGCGUCAGCAGAAUGCGACUUGCAACUUACAUUUUUUCGAAAAGGCGUCCUCAUAGCAUUCCCCUUCAUAGCAAUGUUGGCCACUGCUUCAUUGUGGGAUUACGUGACGAUCUACGUAGGUAGAAGGACCUUGUUCGUUCUUGGCUUACUAGCAAAUUCUAUCCUAAAUAUACUGAGCACUGCUGUAGAUUCGUACCACGUGUUUUUGCUCAUCAAAUUUAUCAGCGGCAUUAUAAUCGGUGGUCCACCCUCGAUGGUGAUGGGAUACUUAACAGAAUUUCACUCUGCAACAUACAAAGCACGUUUUGCCGCUUGGUCUGGUUUUGUGUUUUCAAUGGGAACUAUUGUACCGGCAGCUUUGGGUUUUACUAUCCUGCCCCUAGAAUGGGACGUCGAUGUAUUCGGUAAAACUUACAACAGCUGGCGAAUUUACUUGCUGAUUUGUUCGAUACCACCUGUUCUCGGAUUUGUGACAGCAAGCAUGUUACCUGAAAGUCCGAAACACCUGAUGGAAAUGGGAAGACAGGAUGUCGCUUUGAAACUAUUUCGUAGGAUGUACUGCAUGAACACGCGAAAGCCGGCCGAUACGUUCCCGAUAAAAGCGUUGCUCGUCCAAAAGACGCAAUUACCACGGCCGACGUUAAAGGCGAGUCUCGAAAAAAUUCGGAUCGACCUUUACAACACGAAACUCUUGUUCUCGGCACCUUAUCUGUCAGCGUUCUCCGUUCUAACUUUCCUACAAUUUGGAAGUAUGCUAGGUUUUAAUACUAUGAGAUUAUGGGUCCCGCAUAUGUUCAUCAUUUUAAACAACUAUGAUUACGAGCAUUGGAAACCUGUCGGAAGAGCUCCAACGAUAUGUGAAAUGUUGGAUAGGCAUGCUGCUAAACCCGGCAGACCAUAUUUAAACUGUACAAACUUUGACGAUGCAUGCUUCGAGUGGAAAAUUAAUCCUUCCGUUUAUCAAAAUUCAACGAUUAUAGCAUCCUCCGCUGUGCUAUUUGGUUUUCUAGUUGGAUUUAUAAUGACCAACAGAUUACGAAAAAGAAUAAUUUUAUUUGUGGCCUUCCUGAUAUCACUGGCAAGCAGUUUUGGAAUAAAUUGGGCACAGGCACCUCCCUAUAUGCUGACGCUAGCAGCCGCCGUUAUCGUGACAUCAAGAAUAGCGAGUAAUAUCGUUACCGCGGUGAAUGCCGACGUUAUUCCUAUCCCAUUAAGGGCCACCAGCGUGAGUAUCAUCACGUCCUCCGGAAACUUAGGAGUCAUAUUGGGGAAUGUCAUUUUCUCUGCACUUCUUGACUUCCAGUGUCUCGCAGCUUUUCUCGGUAUGGCCUGCUUUUCCAUAGUCUGCAUCCUGGUAACGUUUCUUCUUCCAAAACCGAUAAAGACAUCGCCAGAGAGUUUCGCAUAGCACAAGAUCGUUAGAAUGAUUAGACAGAAAAGAUUUAUAUCUACAAAGUGCAUAUAUAUAUAUAUAUAUAAAAAUAUAUUUUUUUAUCGUGUUUUGAUACAGACCUGAAUGGAAGAAAAAGAAUGAAUAGCGUGUAUUCGGCUGUGAAACAUGUUUCGUAGGAUGUACCUGACAAACGUACGCUUUUGUCGAUUUCAUAAUAAAAAUGUGACCAAAGAAUUACACUUUUA